CUCAGACAGACAUCCCUGCUCUCCCUGACAUGGACAGGGGAGGCUCGUCCCCGCCCCUGCUGCUCGGAGGGAGCGGGGGAGCCGAGCGGGACCAGCGCGGCCGCGGGGGGAGCGCCCCACGCCCCGACCUCACGCCCGCUCCCGGCACAGACGGCCCCAGCAGCCGCCGUGCCGCCGGUGCUUUUCCAACGACCGAGGGGACGAGGCGUGGAGGGGGAAACAACCCGGUCAGUCAGCCCGAGGGGUGUCGGGUGACGCUGGGAAACGCGGCGGUGAGGAGGGAAGCUCCAGGAGGAGUAUCCUUAGUUGUCCCACAACCCAACAUCAAUGCAACAGUGGCACAAAACAUCCUCCUCUCAGUUGAAUACUCUUGCCGAGGCGUGGCCACCAUUGAGUGGAAGCAUGUGUCAAGCUGGGGCACAACCAGCAUUGCUGAGUGGAGAAGUGGGAAUUAUGUCAACAUAUCUACAGUCUACAAGGACAGAGUGACUACUUUUGAAAAUGGCUCUAUACAGCUUCGGAAUGUGGGCAUGAGAGAUGCUGGCUACUAUUUUGUCACUGUAAUGGAGGAGCAUGGAACCAAUGCCUAUGGCACCAUCAUAGUCAAUGUUUACGAGAUUAUCUAUGAAGAUUUGCAUUUUGUAGCAGUUCUCUUUGCGUUUCUCGCUGCAGUAUCUGCCAUUCUAAUAUGCUUCAUGUGGCUCUGUAAUAAAUCUCUGCAUCUAUUUCAGAAGAAGACAACACACAAACUAACAGCAAGUACAACAGAAGAGAUUGAACUGGAAACCAUUGAGUGUUAGCCAAGGACUGCAUCAUAAUAAAAAUAACAAUUCUACCUCAGGAGAAAGUAUUGGCCAAGAAAGCAAGAACAAACCUAGAAGGUAAAAUGUUUGUGACUACUGCAGAAACAUCCUGACUUGCAAAGUAAUUAAAUCAGCAGUGUCUUAUGGAGCUGUUUCGACCUGUUAAGUUUUUGGUUCUGCUAGUCAAGGUCAGAGUAAAAAAGAGUAUGCUUUCAUGCUGAGCAUGAACACAUUUUUGUGGCUAGCUAAUAAAAUCUACAGCCUCUACCACUCUUAAAAACAACCAACCUACCAACCAACCAAGCAAGCCUCUAAGAUCAACCCAUAAAGGAAAUUAUCAUGGUCUUGAAGGACACCUGCAUUUUGGAUACAGCAAGUCUCCUAUUAGAGACAGAGUGGUCAUUAGCACCUAUCAACAUAAUAAAUUAAAUAUCUAAUUACAGUAUUACAUUAAAAAAUUAAUUGCAAGCAUUGAAUCCUGUUUAUUGCACCUAUGCUGCUACUUUUGGGUGUAAGAAACUUCCUGAAGCUCUGAAGACAAAUUGAAAUUUUUCAUGAGACAAAACUGACUUUGAAAGAACGCUGAGAUGGUCGAAGUUCUCCCGCUUGUGUUUCCAGUUGUGUACAUUGCCCCAGGAUGGAUGUUAACACACAUUUUAUGACAUUACUAGAGCAGGUGGUUGUACAAGGAACAGUACAGGCAGACAUUAAAGAGGACACUGUCUAUGAAGAUUAGAGGGGUCAGAUAAAAUACUGACACACAACACCAGUGGGGUGGCAAAAUACUAAACAGUUUUGUUGUGAAAGAUGUCAAGUUCUUUGCAAACUUAGCCCAGUGCUGAACAAUCUAUCUAAGAAGAAACAUUACAAUAGCAUUACUUUGAAAUAUAGUAUUUACAAGUACAGUUCUAAAAUUGCUCUUGUUGAGAAGCCACCUUUGCUUUCCCUAUGUUGUAAGAAAACAUGACAUGAUCCAACUAAUGUUUUCUUGAAUCUGCAUAUUGCACAUAUUGCAAUUCUCUACAUGUAUAUCUGUUGGGUGGAAUGACAUCUGUGUUUGUCGGUAGGAAAGCAGUAAACUGACUGAGUUCCAAAUUAUUCUGUUUUGCUUUUGUAAUGAUAAUUUUGCAGUGUGAAAUAAACUUUGAACUUGGAAGACA